GGUUAAAUUGUAAACGCAGAGAUCACAAGUCCAAAUCAUUCUCCAAGAUCUAACUGCCCAAGGAAAGCAAAGGAGGAGCUGCUGCUCUGCCCCCAUUCCAUUCAAUCAAAAAGAUAUCAAUAGCAUAGUGUUUAAACAUGUCUCAACCCCUGGGGGAUGAAAUGGAGGACGUAGCAGACGAUAAUGAAAUGGCAGAAGUAGAAGAUGAUAUGUAUUUCCGUGGCAGAGUGUUUGGUGAUUCAGAAUCAGAAGAAGAUGACGAUGAAUAUGACUCUUUGGAAAACCGGAUAACAGAUACUACUUCUGCAGAAGCUAGAAAAGGCAAGGAUAUCCAAGGUAUACCUUGGGAUAGACUAAGCAUUAGUCGUGAGAAGUAUAGACAAACUAGACUAGAGCAGUACAAGAAUUAUGAAAACAUACCGCAAUCAGGGGAACUGUCCUUGAAGGAAUGUAAUCCAACAGAUAAAGGAGGAAUGUAUUAUGAUUUCUGGCAAAACACUAGAUCUGUGAAAUCAACAAUACUUCAUUUUCAAUUGAGGAACUUGGUUUGGUCAACAUCAAAGCAUGAUGUAUAUCUUGUUUCGCAUUACUCAAUUAUACACUGGUCGUCUUUAAAUUCCAAGAGAUCAGAAAUCUUGAAUGUAUCAGGCCAUGUAGCUCCAUGUGAGAAACAUCCUGGAAGCCUUUUGGAAGGAUUUACUCAGACACAGAUUAGUACACUUGCCGUACGGGAUAAGUUGUUGAUUGCUGGGGGUUUUCAAGGAGAACUUAUUUGCAAGUACUUAGAUCGACCUGGGGUUAGCUUUUGUUCCAGAACUACUUAUGAUGACAAUGCAAUCACAAAUGCUGUUGAGAUUUAUGAACAUCCAAGUGGGGCUGUUCAUUUCAUGGCUUCAAACAAUGACUGCGGAGUUAGAGACUUUGACAUGGAGAGAUUUCAGCUUUCCAAGCAUUUCUCCUUCUCCUGGCCAGUAAAUCAUACUUCGUUGAGUCCUGAUGGUAAACUACUUGUAAUUGUUGGAGACAACCCAGCAGGGAUACUAGCGGAUUCUCAAACUGGAAAGACUGUCAUGCCAUUAUGUGGACAUUUGGAUUAUUCAUUUGCAUCUGCAUGGCAUCCUGAUGGGCGCAUUUUUGCCACCGGGAACCAAGACAAAACAUGCCGUGUUUGGGAUGUCAGGAACUUGUCGAAGACUGUUGCUGUGCUUAAGGGCAACCUUGGAGCUAUACGAUCAAUACGUUUCUCAUCUGAUGGGCAGUUCAUGGCAAUGGCUGAGCCAGCUGACUUUGUGCAUGUCUAUGAUGCAAAGAAUGGGUUUGAGAAAGAGCAGGAAAUUGAUUUUUUUGGGGAGAUCUCUGGUGUAUCUUUUAGCCCGGACACAGAAUCACUCUUCAUUGGUGUUUGGGAUCGCACUUAUGGAAGCCUUCUUCAGUACAAUCGACGCAGAAGCUACAUGUAUCUUGACUGCUUGUAAAUUUGUAACCACAUACCUUCCUUGUAUUUUUAAGUUCCUACAGUUUAUGUUCUUUUGACUAGGAAUUUGAGAAUUGUGGCACACCAUCUGACCAAUACAAGAAAAAUGACCCGUGGCUUGCCUCAUCAUACAAUGUAGGACAACUUGGCCUGAGAACGUUACAAUUUGUACUCCGAUGUGUUAAAUAACAUUGACUGCCAAUCUCUUGAACCCAUUUUUUAUUCUUAUGCUAAUGAUGAAAGAAUGUUUGUA